AACCCCCCAGCAGCUGUGGGAAGGGGGACCUCAAAAGACAUAUGUAAGGACACUGGAAACAGGGAACUCCUGGGAGAGGGUUUUUGGUUUCCUCCUUGAUUUUUGGAGGUUUUUCUGGCUACCAGACACUCGCUGACUUGUAGGGAUGGACUUGGCCAGUGGGGCCCUCAAAGGCAAUGCACUCAAUUCUUGUUUUUCCUCCAAAGCAGGAUUUCCCGUUCCCAAGACUUAUCUGGAGAGAGGAGGAGGCUGUGUUGAAGCAGAAAUUGCCCCAGGACACCCACGGAGUUGAGGAGGAAAUCUGUGCCAAUUUACCCUUCUCUCCUUCUCCAUCUCCCAGCUCCCGGCUGCAGGACAGCCCUGCUGCCGAUGCUCUCCUGCUGGGGAGGCACUGGGGGAAUCUCCUUCCCUCUGGCAGGGAGGCAAAUCCCAUCCUCUCCUUGUCCUUCCUCCCCCAGACAAGGAGUUGGGGAUGGUGACUAGGGAGGACAAAUUCCCCCAGCAGAACGUCAUGGCAGAGACCUUUUUGAGUGUCUUGAGAGCGCAGGAAUGCAAUGGGGAGGAAAAGCCACGGAGAUCCCACAGGAGCAGGGGCUGCAAACCCAGCCCAGUGUUCUCUGAGGAGGAAAUGCCCCCGCUAUGGGAGGGAGAGAGUCAGAGAUCUGGCCCGGGCUCUGAGGUGGUGGUCCAAAAGGAGUCCCAUGAUGGUAAGAAGAUCCACCAGUGCGGGGAAUGUGGGAAGAGCUUUAGAAUCAGCUCCCACCUGUACCGCCACCAGAAGAUCCACACCGGGGAACGGCCCUACACAUGUGGGGAAUGUGGGAAAAGCUUCAGGGACACCUCUGAUCUGAUGUGCCACCAGAGAGUCCACACUGGGGAACGGCCCUACGAGUGUGGGGAAUGUGGACAGAGCUUCAGUGUCAGCUCCCACCUGAUCGUCCACCAGAGGAUCCACAGUGGGGAACGGCCCUACGAGUGUGGGGAAUGUGGGAAGAGCUUCAGGCUGAGCUCCAGUUUGAUCCGCCACCAGAGAAUUCACACCGGGGAACGGCCCUAUAAAUGUGGAGAAUGUGGGAAAGGCUUCACAAAGAGCUCCCACCUGAACCGCCACCAGAUGAUCCAUACGGGGAUACGACCCUAUGUGUGUGGGGAAUGUGGGAAGGGCUUCCGUGACAGCUCUGACCUGAUCAUGCACCAGGCAAUGCACACUGGAGAUUGCCCCUACAAGUGCUCAGAAUGUGGGAAGAGCUUCAGCCAGAGAUCCAACCUGAUUGCCCACCAGAGGAUCCACACUGGGGAGAAGCACUAUGAGUGUUCUGAGUGUGCGGAGAAAUUUCACAGCAGAUACCGUCUCCUCAAGCAUCAGCAGAUUCACACAGAAUAGAGGCUCUUCCGCUACCCUGACUGAUGAAAGGGCUUUAAGAAAAUCUCCACUCACCUCACCCACCAGUGGAUCCACACUGGGAAGAGUCUAAACAGUGUCUCAAGAGUGGGAAGAGCAUAUCCCAGACAUUCACAGUGAAUCAACAGCAAGGGAGGGAGCAGUAAGGGCAACCGAAUAAGUGCUCCGUGUGCAGGAGGAGCUUUGGGUGCUGCUCCAACUUUUUCCUGCAUUGGAGGACCCCCAUGGGAUGAUGCACAGUGGUCCUCAUUGGGCAGAGACUUGGUGAUCCAUGGUGCUGCUGAUCCUCUGGCUGGUGGUCUCCACAUGUUCCUGGCUCUGUGUGGGCACCUGGAUGAAAGGGGUGCUGAAGGGGCUAUGGCCUUGGACAGUGAUAUGGGGAGUCAUGGACAUGGAAGGAGACAUGGGCGACACGGGCAUGGGUGGGUGUCG